AUGAAUGAAGAAGGCGAUAAUUUAAUUUUGAAUAAAGUAGAAGUGCCAGAGUUAAAAACAGACAGAUUUAAUCAUGCACAUCAUCUUCAAAAUCAUGAAAAAAUUCAUACCAAAGAGACUCCAUAUUUGUGCAAUGAAUGUGGAAAACAAUUUGCUAUUAAAUAUAAUCUUAAAGUUCAUAUGAGGCAGCAUAGCAAUGAAAAGCCUUACUCUUGUCUUCAAUGUGCUAAAACAUUUGCUCACCGUAGUGCACUGGUUAUACACACUCGGACACAUUCAGGUAAUUUAUGUAUACAUUCUGAGAAGGUGCAUAGUGCUUAUCAUGAUUCUGAAAUUGGUAGUUACCAGCAUAUUUGUAAGUUAUGUAAUGACAUUUUUGAUACUUCAACAUUACUUACAAAUCACAUGAAACAGCAUACUCGCCAGUAUUCUUGUGAUAUUUGCAAGCAAAACUUUUCAUUGAGCACAGCUUUAGAAAAUCACUUGAGAACUCAUUCGGCUGGAGAUAGAUCACAUACUUGUACAGAUUGCGGAGCAAGAUUUAAUAGAUCAGAGCAUUUACGUUCACACAUAUUAAGAAAACAUACAGAUGUGAAACCCUAUAAAUGUGAAAUAUGCCAGAGCACGUUUGCCCAAAGAGGAGAUUUAAAUGUUCACAGACGUACACACACUGGAGAGAAGCCUUAUAUCUGCCAGGUGUUAUUUGAACUAUAA